AUGGUAUAUUUUAAAAUAUCAACAUUUGUUAACGCUCUUCUAGUUCUAUAUUCAUUUAUAGCUCUAGUGAUUCCUGCGACACCUCCAGCUAUGCUACCAGCAGCAGACAAUCCCGCAAAAAUAGGAAUUAAAGAAAGUAAACCACCAGUCUUAGGUACUGGUAUCACUCUUGAAGCCACUUUCUUUGUUACAUCCAGUUGUUUUACUUUAUUAAUUUUAUUAUUUAGUUUGAUAUUUCGUUUACUCGUCAUCAAUACGAUAGCGGACCUGAGGAUACAGUUGAAUGAUCGUGAUCAAGAGCUGCUGCUGAAUGAUGUUGAAAUAGCAGGGCUACCUGAGGAGAGAAACGAGAACGUCCUCCAUCUCGUCAGCGUUGUAGCUGUGAAGCUGGGGCUGACCCUAGAGGAUCGCGACAUUGUGCACGCGGAGCGGCAGGGCGCCGUGAGACGCAACCGCGGCGACGGUGAAGGCGCGCCGCAGCAACCGCGACCGCUGGUCGUGCGGCUGGCGCGCAGGGCUCAACGCGACGCCUUGCUCCGCGCCGCGCGCGUCCGUCGCGGCCUCACCACGGCCGAUAUGAACAUUGCUGGGACGCCGAGGAAAUUCUACGUCAACGAGCGACUCACGCGGAAUAAUCGACAGCUGUUCGGUAAGACGCGCGAAGCGGCUUCCCGCUUGCAAUGGAAGUACGUGUGGACAAAAGGUGGCCGAAUAUUCACAAGGAAGGAAGAAGGUAAGGCUAUUGAACGAAUCAGUAGUGAAGAAGACAUCAAAAAAAUUUUUGGGUCUUAA